UCAGUUGGACCGGGUCUCAGGUGGACCCAUUCAGGUGACCAGGUCUCAGUUGGACCAGGUCUCAGGUGGUUUGUGGGGUGGUGGUGUGUUUUCGGUGGUGACUCAGUGGGUCAAAGGUCAGUGUGUGUUUACUGAAACUACUGCAGUGGCUCAAACGUUCAGGUCCUGGUGCUUCCGAACAGACACAGACCAGGAGGACGGCGACGGCGGCAAGACGAGAAAACCACCACCAGAGACAGUGAUGGACCCUGAGGACGAGACGACCGACGCUCUUCCAGGAACGAAGACCAGGCAGAAGACGUCCAAGGACGUCCACUUCAGUUUCCUGCCCGAAAAAUAUGAACCUCUGAUCGAAGACGAGGACGAACGAGAGACGCAGGAGACGAGAAGGAGGAAGGAGGAGAAGAAGAAGAGGAAGAAGAGGAGGUACAAGAAGUACAGGAAGAACAUGGGGAAGGCGUUGCGGUUCACCUGGCGAUGCCUGGUUGCCGGGUUACAGAACAUGAUGUCUGCCUACUCUACGCCGGUCGCCGCUGCUGUGUCGGUGGCGACUGCCGCUCACAAGGCAUGAUGGGAAAUGGACGAGUCCAGAGAGAUGAAGGAUGAUGAAGUUUUAUUUAUUCAUCACCAAAAUGUGAACUUUUUUCUCCUAUUUUUUUAUUAUUAUUGUAGAAGGAUCCAGUGUUGUGAAUGACUUUGUCCAUUUUCCUGUUGUUUUUUUUUUAAUUCUGUGACUUUUACUCUGUUUGUUUACUUAAUGACGCCACAUGAACAAACAUUACAGGGCUGAAAAGGACUCUUAAUCUGAAAACCUUGGUUUUCAUGUCUGGUCUGGUUUUCAUCAUCAGUUUGUCUUUUCUCAAAUGUAUGAAAUGUCUUUGUCUUUAAUAAACAUCUAAACUUGUG